CACCACUCUCCUGUGUUCGUACGUCAUUUCUGGUCUGAUCAAGGACAGAUCUCGAGAAAAAACAAUUUGGCCUCUACCCAAAUCGACAGGUUCUGCCCUCCGGCUUUCAGCUUUCGUACUUGCUUCUCCAGAACUAUUUCUUGGUUCCCGCAAAACCCCAAUUGAUAUCGUGGUGAGGACAUGGGAGAUAUGGCUAACGCAGCUGAUGCGUCUGCCGGAAGCAAGAUCUUUGUCGGCGGUCUCGACAGAAGCGUCGAUGAAGGUGUUGUUCGUAGUUUCUUUCAGCAGUUUGGACCCGUGGUAGAGGUCCUCGUCAUGCGUGAUCCUCACAAUCAUCAAUCUCGUGGCUUUGGCUUUAUAACUUUCCAACGCGAUGACUCGGCAAAGCAAGUUCUCCAGAACCGUUAUCACGACAUGAUGGGGAAGCGGGUUGAAGUGAAAUCUGCCGUCCCCCGAGGUCAAGCUCCUCCUCCUCAGCGUGGCCCUCCCCGCAGCUCUCAAGGAUAUGGAUAUGGGCAACCAAGAGGUGGUCCGGGGCAGGGAGGACCUGGAGGCGGAUAUGGUUACGGUGCAAGCUAUGCAAACCCGCAACCGUAUUCUGGCAGCAACAACCCUUGGGGCCUAAAUUCCGGCUUCACAGAUCCAACCAGUAUGGGACCAGGACAGGGUCCGCACAGCGCACCACAGAAAGCCAACUAUGGCUACAGCAAGGAAUCUAGUGGCAUGUCCCAACAAGACCACGGAGUUAGUGGCAGUGGUCAUGCAACCGCGGCUCAUGGUUGGACUGAGCACACUGCGCCGGAAGGCUAUGUCUACUACUACAACAGCAAAUCUGGUGUGAGCCAGUGGGAACGCCCUGUUGAACUUGAUUUCCAGCAAGUCAGCUAAUCUUCGAGUCCGGAUUUUGUGCAAGCCCAGACCCUUAAAAUCCAUGCUUCCAGCAGAGUUACUAUCAAAAUCACAGUAUAUUUGCAGGAACAGUCAGUGAGUAGUAUUAGGUAUGUGGAUUUUAGCUGCACACCUAGCUUCCACCUGUUUUAGGGCACUAGCUUUAGCAUAUUCUUCGUGUUGCUGUUAGCACGCGAACAUGAAUGUUUCAUAAAAGAAAAUCAUUGUUGUCGUUCCCCUCGUAGGGAAACGUCUUCAGC